AUGGCGACUAUUCUACGCUCAUUCUCUGCUCCUCUCGCGUAUGCCGCCGUCGCGUCCGCAUGGUCAACGUUCGUUGUCCCACACACCGAAGGUGCAGACGACACGCCUGCUCUGAUGGCCGCCGUGUCGAACUACGCGUCUGACGCGUCAAUCGUAUUCGGAUCUAACACGAUUUACAACGUAUGGUCUCCGAUCACGUUUCCGCCUCUCAAAAAUGUUGAGGUGGUAAUUAGCGGGAAUUUAUCAUAUUCGACGAGCAUCGAGACCGUGCAAGGGCACGUUGCUGCUGCUAACUACCCUGGGGCAUGGAUCUCGUUCACUGGGGGUAAUAAUGUUACGCUCCGCGGCAAUACUGACCCUGACUGGGGUUGGGUUGAUGGACAUGGUCAACAGUGGUGGGAUAUCAUGCAACAGACGAACCGGCCUCACGGUUGGCUGUUUGGAGACGUUACAAAUGGUGUCAUCAGAGAUAUGAAAAUUUACAAGCCUGUCGCAUGGAAUUUUAACCUUAAAGGAUCCACAAAUGUGCACAUUUUCAACAACACUAUCCUGGCCGGUUCUGACAAAGCCUUUGACCAAACCAUCUGCAGUGACGGGUUUUCAACUGCAGGCACCAAUGUGCUUUUCGAACACAACUACGUUGUCAACGGAGAUGACUGCUUGGCUGUUGCCAAUGGCGCGAAGAACAUUACAUGGAGAGAUAGCUAUUGCGAGGGUUCGCAUGGUCUGUCAGUUGGUUCGCUCGGCGCGGGUGGUCAAGUCUCAUCUGUAGAGAACGUACUAUUCGAGAACACAAUCAUGAACCGCACUCUUUAUGCUGCUCGUUUCAAGAGCUGGACCGGCGGAAAAGGUGCCGCCAUCAAUGUAACAUGGAAAAAUAUUACGUUCAUCGAUGUGAUGUUCCCUAUUUACGUGACCCAAAACUACUGGGACCAAAGUUCCGGCACGCGUCCGAAAUCCUCGUCCGUCAGCGAGACUCACAUUGAAAACUUCCUGUUCGAAAAUUUUGUUGGCGUAAUUAACAAUGCGCCCGGAUAUGUGGAAGGCUCAUGCGUGACCGACCCUUGCUGGUACUACGUGCCUGGCGCAACUGGCAAGGAAGUCGUCAUUUUCGACUUGUAUACCGACACCGCGACUAACAUCGUCACGAAGAACCUUGUUGCGCGCACACUUACUGGUGCCCCUGUUGCCGCGAUGUGCAAUUCCUCCACGAUCUCAAGUGAUGUUGGAUUUGAGUGCCGGGAUGGUCCAUAUGUCCCCACACGAGCAGGCUUGUAA